AUGCCCACCACAGCCCACCCAGCCGCCUCCCGGAUUCCAAAACCAAGCAGAGUGCCUGCCGUCCUCGCAGACCCGGACGACCUAGCCGACCUAGUCUGGGCGGACGGCUACCGUCCCAACGGCAUUAAGGACUACAUCGACACGGACGCCCCCGUGCUGGACCUGCGCGUGCACACAUUCGACGAUUCGACCCUCGUCACCCUGCAGUGGCAACAUGUCGCCUUCGACGCGCUGGGACUGCAGUACGUGCUCGAGGCCUGGGGCGCCAUGCUUUGGGGGCACUGUGGCCCCGACGACGUCCCCACGCCGCACGGCGGACAGGCCGGUAGCGGUGGCAGCGAUCCCCUUUGGCGCGACAUUAGAGCAACUUCUACCUCCUACAACAGGGGAGCAGCACGUUCUUGCAGACAGGAGGAUCGGCAUUGCCGGUAUCGCCAGGUGGGGCUCGGGUACGGCAUCGACGUGGCCCUGCGCGCAAAGGACAAUCGUAUGUUGCGCGCCGUGGCUGUCGGAAAGGGACAGGAUCCGGAAAAGGUGUUCAUGACCGAUAACGAUAUCAUCACUACCUUCAUCCUGCGCUGUGUUGUUGCUGCGAGUUCGAUGCAUCCUGAUAAGCUGGUAUGUGCUGAUAGUUCCCAGGUCUGCCUUCUGCGUUAUAUCUCCUUGAGGCUUCAACAGGUCCAGGCUUGGGACAAAAGUAGUGUCCUGAACGGGUCCAUAAGGGAAGACCAUUUACGAUCAUCCGUCAAAGGUAAUGUUCUUGAGGGCCCCAAUGGCCUUAUUCCCCCGUCCGGCCGCCAUCCAUAUGUAGGCAACGCCUUCGUCUGGGCACACGUUCUCGUUCGCGCUGGAGACGUCACCUCCAAACCCCUGAGCUGGCUCGCACGCGAAGUCCGGCACGCGAUCAACACUCACGGGACGCGCGCGCAGCACGAGGCGUACUACGCCCUGGUCAAGACGUAA